UCGGCCUCGACCCCCCGGUGCGGUCCAUCGGACUGUCCGCGGCCGUUUUUAAUUUUGAAAUAAUACAGUUUACAAUUUAUAGAUACCCACGACAGCCUUUAUUAUCGACGCAUACGUCAUUGCUUCAUUUAAUAGCCAAGGAUAACUUUUGGGGGUAUUUUUGUUAAUACUUGGACGAGGAAUCCCCUUCAAAACAAUCAGGCCGUGAACCCAUCCUCGGUCUCUCAUAAGAAGUCUGAUUUUCUGACAGCUAACUAACGUUAUGGGAGACACAGGCAGUGAAAGGAGUAAGCCACCCACCAUACCACCACGAUGUCCUUGUGGAUUCUGGGGAUCCAGCAAAACGAUGAACCUCUGCUCAAAAUGCUUCGCAGACAUCCAGAAGAAGCAGCCAGACGAAGACUGCCCCCCAGAGCCCGAGUCCAGCCCUAGCAAUAACCAGUCAGCAGUCUUCUGUAGCGAGACGAACAGCAGCAGUAGCCAAUCCCUGUUGUUGACACCAGUCAGCUCUGAGGCGCCCUCACAAGAAGACUCAGGAGCCACACCCCUCCCUGCACAGGAAGAAGCCUCAAGCACAGACGCAGGCCACACCACUCUGUCCACUCCCACAAAACGACCUUGUGACUCUGCCUCGGGCUCUCAGAGCGACGAGUCCCCAGAGAAGCGGGCGCGCGUGGCCUCGCCCUCCCCCUCCCCCUCCCCCUCCCCUUCGCCCGCCACCCUGGACGAGACCACAGCAGCGCCCCGCGGGCCCAAGCAGAAGAACCGCCGACGUUGCCACCGCUGCCAAACCAAGCUGGAGCUGGUGCAGCAGGAGCUGGGCUCCUGUCGCUGUGGGUACGUGUUCUGUAUGCUCCACCGGCUCCCCGAGCAGCACGACUGCCUGUUUGACCACCUGGGCCGGGGACGCGAGGAGGCCGUGCUCAAGAUGGUCAAGCUGGACCGCAAGGUGGGCCGCUCGUGCCAGCGCAUCGGCGAGGAGUGCUCCUGAGGCGGCCGCAGGACCAGGGGGACGGCGGACGGACGGACGGAUGGACGGACGGACGCACGGAUGGAUGGAUGGAUGCUGGAAAACAGGAGGGAGGGACGGAAGGGAGGGAGGGAGAGAGGGAGUGGGAGGAAUGAGGAAGAUCCUAAUGAUCCACACUAUGAAUGCAUUCAAACCCACCCCACAACAGGGCCCAGCCACCCACCACGCCUGACCCUCCAUACACAAACUAUCUCUCUGUCACACACACACACACACACACACACACACACACACACACACCACGUGCUGCAGAACUCUUCCCUCCACAGUGAGAAACGCAUCCUGCCUCCUGUCUGUCAGUGCACCUCUCGACUCCACCCCGUCUGAGACCUUAACCUCUGACCUUUUGACCUGUGUCCUGUCAUCUGCAUGCCCUCGGCACCCCUACCGCCCCUCUUGCCCCUCUUGCCCCCCCUGCUCGCGGCCUUAAGUGUCCACUGCCCCAGUAACACAGUUGCCUCUUGCCCUCCUCCUGCUCUGCUCCUGCUGAUCCUAGAGGACUGGGUGGGGCAGGGAUCCUGCUGUGGACCUGCUGUAGCCACAGCUAGGGCGGCGCUCUUGAGCCUUGCCCCCACCCCCGUCUCUCUCUCAACCUAAAUGUGUCUCAACCUAAAUGUGUGUGUGUGUGUGUGUGUGUUUGUGUGUGUGUGUGUACCUCUCUCACCCACUCCUCUCUGAUCAGUGAUUGCAUACGACACACAGGAAAACAGGGGUCAGCAGUCCUAAUUGGACAUAUGGACACACACACACACACAUACACACACACAAGGAAAAAGAAGAACUCUCUGCACUAGUCUGACCAUAACACACACACAUAUGCAUACUGCUGUUUCCUCCUGUGUGCUGGGUCACUCGAGCUGCUUUGACACCUCCUAACCUCUCUCCUAUCCCUCUUGUUUAACCCUCUAUGCCACCCGCCAACAAUUGUGUGUGUGUGUAUGUGUGUGUGGUUGUUUAAUUCAGUGGUUUGUGCUCUCUCUGAAAGGACCCCCCCCCCCCCCGCCCUCCUCCUCACCGCUCUCUACUGACAGGUGGAGUUGUUCCCUGUCAGUCCUCUUGGCCUACCUCCUCACUGCCUGUGUCUCUCGCUCUCCUUCUCUCUCUCGUUGAGGCCUGGGGUUGGGGGGUGGAGACCCCCCCUGCCCACCCCACUCAAGCCUCUGAGCGGAUGGAGUCUCUCAGGCACCCCCCCCCCCCCCUCCUUCCACCCCCCACCCCCCCAGCUCCAUCCACACAAUAUGCAGACAAGCAGCUCCACAGCUGUGCCUGUGUCAAGACCUGCGCAUGGUUCUCCUCUCUGUCUGUUUGUCUGUGUAUCUGUCUGUCACACACACACAUUCUCUAUCACUUCACACACACACGUGCACGCUUUUUUUUUUUUUUUUAUCAAACACAUCCGAGACCAUGUGGGGAGCUGAAGGACUGAAGCAGAAUCAGACAGCACCCAGUAGAUUUUUUAUUUUUUUCUUUGUCAUUUGGAACACGACCUCAGCUAGAGGAUCAUGGAAGCUGAGGUCUCCAUGCUUUGCCAUGUGCUUUUUCAGAACUGAAUGAAUCUGCUCAGACUACAUCUCCCAUCAGCCACCAUGGCGGAGUCUCUGCCCUCCACGUGCCAGCCUUCCUCUUAAGAGCUGCCCUAUAACCUCUGGGAUUUUGAUUUCUUACUGUAUAUUUGGGUUGCCGUUUCCGUUGUCUUGCCCUCUCCACGUUGCUGCUUGCCACUCUGUUGAUUUUUUUUUCUGUCGCUUUGUCUGGAACUCUCAUGCCUACCCUUUCUCUGUUGUCUAUGUUGUCACUCCCCUUUACACACACAAACUCUCGCUCGCGCACACACACACACACACACACACACGCACGCACACAAACACUUACACUCUCAUGCACACACACAUUUUCUCUCUCUUUCUCUCCUGCCUUCUGUUUUUCCAGACAGUGUCUCAGGCUCCCCCCACCACCACUUCUCUCUCUCUCUUCUCUCUUUCUCUCUCUCUCUCUCUCUCUUUCUCUGUGUGUGCUGAAACCUCUCUGCCUCCUCUAUUGAUUUCUUUGACUCCCUCCCUCUUUGCUACCCCCCUCUGCUGCUCUCCCCUUGGCCAGCGCAAGGGGACGCAAAGGGCAGCUGCGCCCGAGCAAGGGCCACGGGUUCGACGGGUGUGUGUGUGUGUGUGUGUGCGGGUUCAACGGAGGCAUGAGUAGGGACCGGUGGGCGGUCGCAGGGCUCGGCGAGUUCAUGGAAAGUGUGCUGGAUCUUCCCGCACCUCUUUUACUUUGAGCUGUUUCUCCUUUUUUUGUUUUGUUUUGGAUGAGUUGAGGUGCAACGGAAGACGGAAUCGAUAUAUCCUGUAUCUUUUUUCCCUCCUCUGUUGUGAAAAAAUGGACAAACCGAAUGCAAAUGCGGAAAACAACGGGAUGAGAAAUGAAUAUCCUAUUAUCUUAUUUACCUCUCUGUGUUUUUUCAGAUUAACAAUCACCUGUAGAGAAUAGAAUGGCUUUCCUUUCCUUUUUUUGUUUUUCCCUUUUAAGUUAACGUUGUAAAAAAAGAAAAAAUGGAUAAAAGAAUUCUGUAGCCUAUCUUAAUGGUUUCUCUUUUUUGGGUUUUAUUCCUUAUUUGUUCCUAUUUUCCUCUUUUUACUUUUGUUGAAAAAUAAUAAAACUGGAUAAGAGGAG